AUGUGCUACAUCCUGUAUACGCUUCACGUCUGCAACCACUGGGUCCCGCAGCCGCAGCCGGACAACGGGCCGAUACUGAGGAAAUGCGAGGAGGCGGAGACGUUUCGGUUAGGCGGCGUGUGCCCGGAGACGAAGAGGGAGCAUCGAGUGGUGAAUCGGAGUCAGGGCAUGUGCAAUCAUUGUCUUUGGAAGAAGGUCAGCAAGUAA